AUGACCGGCUGGCGAUUUAUCUUAAUUACAAUAGUCUUAAUGAAGACGAAGGAUUCUCGUGUGAUCCACGGCGAGGUUUCUCGUGAUAAUUUAAGUCCGUAUUACAACGAAUCCAUGGAGAUCGAGAAACGCCUCCUGGUGGACGUGGUUCCUCGAAAAUACGUUAUCGUGGUCGAGCCUGAUUUAAAAAACGACGAAUUUCACGGUACUGUUCGUAUAGACAUCGAAUUGCUGAAGGAUCAAAAUCAGAUCGUCUUGCACUCGAAGGAUCUAACAAUAUCUUCGACCAAACUGUACUGGGAAAAAUCGCAAACGGAAAUUCGUAUACUGUCUGUUAUCCACGUGAGAAAACGUGAAAUGGUGGUGAUUAAGUGUUACAGAAAUAUCACAUUAGGAGAGUACACUUUGAAAAUGAAUUUCAGUGGUAGUUUGAAAGGGAAAAUGAGCGGGUUCUAUUUGAGCAGCUACGUUGAUAACAAUACGUCCAUUAGAAAAUUAGCAGUGUCACAAUUCGAGCCAUUUUACGCGAGAACCGCGUUUCCAUGCUUCGACGAGCCAAACUUCAAAGCCAUCUUCGUCGUUCGGAUAGUCUAUUCGAAGAAAUUCUUAUACCACGCUCAGUCGAAUAUGCCAAUUGCGAAAACCGAGACAAUGAAAGACAACAGUGACAAAACAAUCGCGUACUUCAAUCCUUCGCCCCCAAUGUCGACGUAUCUGGUUGCCUUUCUGGUCAGCGAUUUCCACUGCACAGGAACUCACGUGGAUCUGUUAAACGGAAGUAAAAUUCCAGUUUCCGUUUGCGCGAGACCGAUGUACAGCCAUAAAGUGAAGUUCGCAUUGAACGUAGCGAUCGGGGCGAUGGAAUACUAUUUAAACGUGUUCCAGAUCGAUUAUCCUCUGCCGAAACUCGAUUUGAUAGCCGUGCCCGAUUUCACGGCCGGAGCAAUGGAGAAUUGGGGUAUGGUUACGUUCCGCGAGACAGAGCUUCUUCACACCGAGAACGACAGUUCUUGCUACAAUAUGAAAAGCGUCAGCUUGACUGUGGCCCAUGAACUGGCACACAUGUGGUUCGGCAAUCUGGUAACCAUGAAAUGGUGGAACGAUCUCUGGUUGAACGAGGGAUUCGCCACUUACAUGGAGCACGUGGCUGUCGAUUCAUUGUUUCCAGAUUGGAAUCUGAUGGACUCCUUUCCUUUGUACACGAAAUACGUCGCCAUGAAACACGACAGCAAACUACGUGCUCGGGCUGUUGUUAAACGUAUCGAGAACUCGGAGGAGAUCGAGGAGAUGUUCGAUAGGAUUUCGUAUCAGAAAGCAGCUGCAGUGAUCCGAAUGUUAGAGGAUACGGUUGGCAAUUCCAAGUUCAUUCGCAGCAUCCGGAACUACUUGCGAAAGUACCAAUUUCGCAAUGCGGAAUCUCGCGAGCUGUUCGAGAUCUUGGGAAACGAGACACGCGCCGUCGUCGACAUUGUCGAUUUCGUCUUUCGAUGGAUCAAGUUCCCUGGAUUUCCUCUGAUCAACGUCCAUCGAGACACGAAGGGGUUUCGACUCUUUCGACAGCGUUUCGCGACGAGCAAACGAUUCCAGGAAACGAUCGACGACGGGAGUUGGACAAUUCCCAUAAGGUACAUAACCAGCAGAGGGGACGGCGUUAGGCUGGACUGGUUCCUCGCGAAUUUUUCAUGCGUGGAAUUAUCCCUGGAAAAUUCGGUAGACUGGAUCAAAUUGAAUCACAACUCGAUCGGAUACUACAUUGUGAAUUACACGAAAGAUGCUUGGGACACGUUCAGCAAUUUGCUAUUCAAGGAUCACAAAGUAUUAAGCGCAACAAAUCGAGCAGAUUUAUUGCACGACGCUUUUCUCUUAGCAGAAACCAACUUAGAUUACUCCAUAGUCAUGAAUUUAACUUCCUACUUGACAAACGAAGAAGAUUAUCAACCGUGGGCAGUGGCUACAGAAUGGUUCGGCCAAAUGAACAGAUUGCUCAGUAAAACCGCGAUAUUAAAUCGUUUUCAGUCAUACGCGAGGAGCCUAAUCGACAAGCUUUACCACGAAAUCGGAUGGCGCGUAUACGAGAAAGACACGUUCUCCACUAGAGAAUUUCACGUAUUGAUAUUGAACGGAGCUUGCAGCGUCGGCCAUCGGGGUUGCCUCGAGGCGGCCGGAAGGAAGCUGCGGGAUUUUCUCACGGGGAAUGGCGGUACGCGAACGUUGCCUGCCGAUGUUCGUUCCAUCGUCUAUUCGUUCGGCCUGGUGUCGUUAUCGAACGACGAGGCGGGAUCGAUAUUGGAGCAAGUGUCGCUGUUGCUGGCGAAACAGAACGACGCACAGGAAAGGGAACGUUUGAUGAUCGGUCUGACUGGCGUACAGGACAAAGAUACACUUAAUCGAUACCUUCAGCAAGCAACAGACGAAAGUUUCAUUCGCAAGCAGGACUUCGCUACUGUACUGAUCAAGAUCGCCGCGAAUCCUGCGGGACUGGACGUAGCAUGGAAUUUCGUACGAUCUCGAUGGGAAGGUCUACUUCUAAAAUACAAAGCGAACGAGUAUACUUUAGGAAGAAUCGUCUGUGCGAUCGUUUCGUUGUUCAAAGAUCGACAAAGAUUGCAAGAGGCGAGACAAUUCUUUCUGAAUCAACCUGAUCUAAAGGUGACGGAAAAUUCGAAGAGAAACGCGAUCGAGGAAAUCGAGAACAAUAUCAAUUGGCUGGACGCUAAUGUACGAAGCAUCGAUCGAUGGUUACUGGAUCAUGGUUUCGAUUGA